CUAGGCCGUAGUACAAAUGGAACACGAUGACACGUGUCUAUAUGCCAGUGGUUAAAACCAUAUCCUAAUAAUCUAAAGGACAGAUAAGGCUUUCUUUGUCCGAAACCGAAAGCAACCAACCAUAUAAGAGUAUAACCAAUAAUCGUCGCCUUCAAUUUUCGUCUUAAGAAAAACAAAAAAAAUGGCUUCGAUGGGUAGUGGCUUACGUGGCGCAUCUCCUGCCGUUCUUGAAGGAAGCUUAAAGAUCAACGGAUCGAACCGUCUGAACGUCACCGGCAGAGUUGCGGUGGCUCAAAGGACUGGACUUGUCGUCAGAGCUCAGCAGAGUGAGGCGGCACCGGAAACUACUCGACGGUCUGUGAUUGGGCUCGUGGCUGCUGGUUUAGCCGGCGGCUCGUUUGUUCAGGCCGUUCUCGCCGAUGCUGUUCCUAUCAAAGUUGGCCCUCCUCCGCCUCCCUCCGGUGGUCUUCCUGGGACAGAGAAUUCAGACCAAGCAAGAGACUUUUCGUUGGCAUUGAAAGAAAGAUUUUACUUGCAGCCAUUGCCACCAGCGGAAGCUACAGCUAGAGCCAAAGAAUCUGCAAAAGAUAUCAUUAAUGUGAAGUCAUUGAUCGACAAGAAGGCUUGGCCUUAUGUUCAGAACGAUCUUCGUCUCAAGGCUUCUUAUCUUCGUUAUGACCUUAACACAAUCAUCUCCUCCAAAGCCAAGGACGAGAAGAAGUCCCUCAAGGAACUCACUGGAAAGCUCUUCGAUACCAUCAACAACCUGGAUUAUGCGGCAAAGAAUAAGAGUACUCCCAUGGCUGAGAAGUACUACGCAGAGACUGUCUCUACUUUGAACGAUGUUCUUGCCAAGCUUGGUUAAGAACUUUGUAUUCUGCAUUUUUCUUUGUAAAUUAUUAUCUCUUGAUUUUUGUUCCUGUGUACUUUGUAUCAACUCCCUGAAUCCGAAUUUGUGUUUCAAGAUUUUACCCAAAAAAAUGGUAAUUUCCUGAGUACCAGACAAUACUAAUUCUAAAUUCAGUUCGUAUAAUUCUGAAACCUAUAUUCCAUCAGUUUCAGCUUAUAAUAUGUUUUGAUGGAAUAUGAUGUUUGAAUGUUUUUUUAAUCAUCUCAAACUUAUUUUUAAUGCUAGAAACAAC